UCAACAUUUAGUUCAGGAAGACGGGUUGAAGUGAGGUGGGGACGAGAAAUCAUCACUUAGCUCAUUGCUAGUUGCCUUGAGCCGACUGACGAGGUGUUAUGAGCUUUUUUGCCGAAAUCAGUAGAUUAUUUCAGUUUUGAUAGGUGUAACGAUGACCAUCUGACACCAAGAAUGGACAUAAGUUAACAAUGACGGGGGAGAAAAAGAAGAAAAAGCGGCUGAACCGCAGCAUUCUUCUUGCAAAGAAAAUUAUAAUAAAAGAUGGAGGAAGUCCUCAGGGAAUCGGUGAGCCAAGUGUUUACCAUGCUGUGGUGGUCAUCUUCCUGGAGUUUUUUGCAUGGGGUCUUCUUACCACCCCAAUGCUUUCGGUGUUACACCAGACAUUCCCCCAACACACAUUCCUGAUGAAUGGGCUUAUCCAUGGUGUCAAGGGCCUAUUGUCAUUCCUGAGUGCUCCGCUGAUUGGCGCGUUGUCAGACGUAUGGGGACGCAAAUCCUUCUUGCUGCUAACUGUCUUCUUCACCUGCGCACCUAUUCCACUGAUGAAGAUCAGCCCAUGGUGGUACUUUGCAGUCAUCUCCAUGUCCGGCGUCUUUGCCGUCACCUUCUCUGUGAUCUUUGCCUAUGUGGCAGACAUCACACAGGAGCAUGAGAGGAGCACAGCAUACGGUUUGGUAUCUGCUACCUUUGCGGCCAGCCUGGUUACCAGCCCGGCCAUCGGAGCCUACCUGUCUGUGGCCUAUGGUGACACCUUGGUGGUAAUCCUGGCCACCGCCAUUGCCCUGCUCGACAUCUGCUUCAUCCUGGUGGCUGUACCGGAGUCGCUUCCAGAGAAGAUGAGGCCAGCAUCAUGGGGAGCACCCAUCUCCUGGGAGCAAGCGGACCCCUUUGCUUCUCUGCGUAAAGUGGGCCAGGACUCCACGGUGCUCCUCAUCUGUAUCACAGUGUUCCUCUCCUACCUCCCCGAGGCCGGCCAGUACUCCAGCUUCUUUCUCUAUCUCAGACAGGUCAUAAGCUUCUCAUCAGCGACAGUGGCUGCCUUUAUUGCUGUUGUGGGGAUCCUCUCAAUACUAGCCCAGACUGUGGUGUUGGGCAUCCUGAUGCGUUCCAUAGGGAAUAAGAACACAAUCCUACUCGGCCUCGGCUUCCAGAUCCUACAGCUGGCGUGGUACGGCUUUGGCUCUCAACCCUGGAUGAUGUGGGCUGCUGGAGCUGUUGCAGCCAUGUCCAGCAUCACUUUCCCUGCCAUCAGCGCCAUUGUGUCCCGUAAUGCAGACCCCGACCAACAAGGUGUUGUCCAGGGGAUGAUUACUGGAAUCCGGGGCCUCUGUAACGGUUUGGGCCCGGCUCUUUACGGUUUUGUCUUCUACUUGUUCCACGUGGAGCUUACCGACGCAGACGGCUCUGAGAAAGGUGCCAAACCGAACAUGGCCAACCCCACUGAUGAGAGUGCCAUCAUCCCCGGUCCUCCCUUCCUGUUUGGUGCAUGCUCAGUGCUGCUGUCCCUGCUCGUGGCCCUGUUCAUCCCCGAGCACACAGGGCCCGGCAUGAGGCCCGGCGCCUAUAAGAAGCACAGCAAUGGGGCACAGAGUCACUCCCACAGCCCUCAAGGCAGCGGGGCCGAGGGCAAGGAGCCACUGUUGGAGGACAGCAGUGUAUAACCACAGCUGAGAGGGGCAGACUCUGCUCCAACCCAACACCCCUGCACACAUGGACAGAUGCACACAUUUUACCACAUGGACACACUCUCACCUCAGGCACACAUCAGACUCAAGUGCCACGAAGAGGUAUUUGUGUCCACAGCACAAAAGUUGGCACUCCCUCCUUAGCAGCCAUUUUCUUUUUUUAAAGCAGGGUAUUGUAAGGACUCACUAAAGACCCUGUAUGAAGAGAGCCUUUGAGUAUUUUGUUCCGGCUGCAGUGGAAAGGCGUGUGUGACUUAGCUAAGCUGGACUCUAAUCCUUUGUUUCUAUACAGCAUUAACGGAGUGGAGCAUAUAACAGCUUGCCACCCUCCUAGUGCAAAACAGAACCAAAGUGAUUUGGUUUGGAGUGAGUGAAGUAGAUCUCAAAUGUUGCUAAAUCCUUGUGUGCUUCUUCAUAUUCCUCUGUAGCCAGUGAAGUGGCAACUUUUUCUGUUUGUCCAGCAAGAGUGUAACAAACAGUUAGUUGAGCACUUGUCUAAUGGUCUUUCACAAGCUAACUUCUGUUCUGAUGCUUGUUGUUGCGAAGACAGCUCUGGUAAAGCAUCUAAGAAGGGAACACAGUUCUUCGGCUGAAUGCACAGAAGCAACUGUCCACCUGUGAGAGGAGUCUCUGCAAACCAGUGUGGGGAGAGGCACAGCCUAAUCUAGGUCAGAAUGGAUCAACCAGUUUGGCUAUAAAAAGCUUUAACACCACACUUUGUUUAAACAUCACACUUACAGAAAGAAGUGUGCAAGAGAGACCACUUUAUUAGCUAAAACUCUUUCAAUGUUUACUUGCCAUUCUCCUAGAUUAGUAGUACAGUUUGGGUUGUGUAUUUUUCUCUGUUCUAACUGAAGGCUAGUUGUGCUUAAAGUUUUUAUUCAAGAAACAAAUGUUGCCUCAAAAAAAUAUAUAUAUAUACACACUUAACCUGUAUGAAGACUGAGGUCUGAGAAGGCUCUGUAAUCUUGCGCUUUCGCUCCCAUCGGAGCUGUUACUCUUUUUAUUCCCUUUUUUUUUCAUGCCUCUUCUGUUAUUUUGUUUCCUGACAUUUAUCACCUUCAGGGUCAAAGCUUACAGAACCAUGGUUUUCUUUUAAAAGCCUCUGGACCAUUUGGAGCUUGAGCGUUGCUAUCAGCAUGUCAGUGUUGGCACUGACUGUUAAUACAGAGUCUUUGAAUUGAUAUCAUCAGGUUAAACCGAAUAUCACUCAUGCUGCUGCAGUAGAUCAUUCAAAAGUUAUUUCUAAAGUGGUAAUCUGAACAAUGAAAAAGUUUCAUCAACAUUUUUGAAAUUUAGUAACAUGCACUGCACAUUCCUGAAAUGGUAACAAACCGAUGGUAAAAAAAGAAUUAUUGAUAUAGAACAGAUGUAGAGCACCUCAAGGAACUGGCUUCAGAUUCUCCACAGAAGGGAGCCAUUUGGUCAUUGUCAGACCAGUUCCUUUCAUGCCAACCUGCGCCACCCAUUGCACAAGGUUAUUGCAACAUUAGUUCAGAAAUAAAUGUUUAUCAACUCCCUAAAGGCAAGGAAGGUAACAGCUGCUCCAAUUUGAGAAGAUGUUACAGCAGCAAAGUUGUCUUUUUAAAAGCUCUUUUGAGUGGUCUUAAGGUUUUACAUUGACCACAAAUUUCUAUGAUAAA